UCUCCCCGCCCCCGGCUCCCGGGGCCGUCCCGGCCCUCGCGCGGCGGGGACGGGCAUGGAUUUGGCGGGAGUCUAUAAAAAGCCGCCGUGAGACGAGGCCACCGUCCUGCCAGAGCCGCCGGCACCCGCACCAUGAUCAACCCCAACUACUAUCCCUGGGGCUACGACAGCGACAACGGACCAGAUCAGUGGCACAAAAAUUAUCCUUUUGCAAAAGGACGCCAUCAGUCACCGAUUGAAAUCAAUAAUAAAGAGGUGCAUUAUGAUAGUUCUCUACUACCAUGGUUUGCUAGUUAUGAUCCCGGGUCAGCUAAGACCAUCCUCAAUAAUGGAAAAACCUGCAGAGUUGUAUUUGAUGAUUCAUUUGAUAGAUCAGUGCUGAGAGGUGGGCCACUUCCACAAGUCUACAGGCUACGGCAGCUGCACUUCCACUGGGGCUCGUCUGACGACCACGGCUCGGAGCAUGUUGUGAAUGGAGUGAGGUAUGCAGGAGAGCUACAUUUGUUACACUGGAAUCCCAAAUACAGUAAUUAUCUUGAUGCUAGGAGAAGAACUGAUGGGAUAGCUGCUCUGGCCAUAUUUUUGCAAGUAGGGGAAACUCCCAAACCAGAGAUGAAGAGAAUUCUUGAAGAAAUAAAUGCAAUCAAAACAAAGGGGAAAAUGGUUCCUUUUCCAAACUUCGAUCCUUCAAUUCUUUUCCCUAAAUCUCAUGACUACUGGACAUACCAUGGAUCUUUCACUACUCCACCUUGUGAAGAGUGUGUUACCUGGAUUAUUCUUAGAGAGCCUAUCAUAGUCAGUUCAGACCAGAUGGCAAAGCUCCGCAGCCUCUCCAAGAAUGCCGAGAAUGAGCCUGAUCAUCCCUUGGUUGAUAACUGGCGCCCAACUCAGCCGCGGUAUUUCAGGAUGGUGAGCGCGUCGUUCCUCUAGGACCUGGCUCCUGUUGGGUGGCUCUGAGUGAGGCAACCUCUAGAAAUAAGGGCUGUUUUUGUUUUCUGUCCUUUGCUUCUGUUUGGUUCUUCAUAACUGCUUUAACAUUAGCUUUUGUUAAUAGUUCAAAGGAAGAAAGAAGAUGCUACUAAUAAUUACAAGAGAAUUUCCUAUUGGGCACGUGUUCCUUGAUGCUUGUCUGAUUGCAUGCUAAAGAGGUUUCAGUUAAGAGAAGUAAUUGUUUUCACCAUUAAAGACAUAUUUUUCAAUAGUUGUUUUCAGCAUUAUCCAUAUCCAGCUCUUAGCCACACCAGUUAAUUCACAAGGCAUUCUUGGAAAUCAUAAACUCUUUUGGUCUUUGAUACUCUCAUAAAAUAUGAAAGGGUAGGAAAUUGUGUUAUAAUCAUUGAUAAAGGGCUAAACUUUCACUUCUUAAAACAAUGGGCAGGUGAAACAGAGGUCUGUUCUGAAAACCGUAUUCACUGAGUUAUAUGUAGUUAAAACUGGGAAGGGGGAAGAGCUAUUUCUGUUUGUGUCACAACUGGUUCCCUUUAAUAAAAGACUAAUUUCCAUAUUAAUGUUGUAGCAGUCAAGAUGACAUAAAUUUUGUGAAGUUGGUCUUUGUAUCCUUCGCAUAUAUUUUCUUCAUGUAUGCAAAUGGAUUUUCUGUAUAAAACCGGUGUUCAAAUAAGAAGAGUCCUUAGUCUUCUCAAAUUUUUUUUGAGACAAAUUCUCCUUUCAUGUACAAAUGUAAUCAAUCCUGCUGUCAAUGAAAUGUGUGCAUAAACAUAUGAAACCACAGUUGGACUCUUAAUCAAAAUGCAGUUGACCAAUGUAUUCUUGUCUCUUGUUUUGGCACAAACAAUGAAACAGGAUUGUAAGCCUAUAAUUGAAAUAACACUAUUUCUGCAUUAAAAAAUCCAACAAUAAUAAAUACAUUUACUUAA